AUGCACAGCAAGGUUGUUAUCAUUGGCUCCGGGCCCGCGGCCCAUACCGCGGCCGUCUACCUGGCGAGGGCGGAGCUGAAGCCGGUCCUGUAUGAGGGCUUCAUGGCCAACGGCACGGCGGCUGGAGGCCAGCUCACGACGACGACCGAGGUGGAAAAUUUCCCCGGCUUCCCCAAGGGAAUCAUGGGCCAGGAGUUGAUGGACAACAUGCGCCAGCAGUCGGAGCGCUUCGGCACCGAAAUCAUCACCGACACGGUGGCCAAGCUGGACCUGUCGUCGCGGCCCUUUCGGUACAGCACCGAGUUCAGCCCGGACGAGACGCACACGGCCGACGCCGUCGUCAUCGCCACGGGCGCGUCGGCGCGCCGCCUCGGCCUCCCCGGCGAGACCGAGUACUGGCAGAACGGCAUCUCGGCCUGCGCCGUGUGCGACGGCGCCCUGCCCAUCUUCCGCAACAAGCCCCUCUUCGUCAUCGGCGGCGGCGACUCGGCCGCCGAGGAGGCCACCUUCUUGACAAAGUACGCCAGUCACGUCACCGUCCUCGUCCGCCGCGACGCCCUGCGCGCCAGCAAGACCAUGGCCUCGCGCCUCCUGGCCAACAAAAAGGUGACGGUCCGCUUCAACUGCCAGGCCGCGGAGAUCCGCGGCGGGCCCGAUGGCCUGAUGACCCACGUCGUCGUCCGUGACGCGGCCGCCGGCGACAAGCUCGACGUCGUCGAGGCAAACGGUCUCUUCUAUGCCGUCGGCCACGACCCGGCCACGGCCCUCGUCAAAGGCCAGGUCGCCAUGGACGACGAGGGAUACAUCAAGACGACCCCCGGAACCACCAUGACGAGCGUCGAGGGCGUCUUCGCCGCAGGCGACGUCCAGGAUAAGCGCUACCGCCAGGCCAUCACCAGUGCCGGUACCGGAUGCAUGGCUGCCCUCGAGGCAGAGCGAUACUUGACCGAGCAGGAGGAAUGA